AAAUUUUACUAUCGACAUUGGACAUCGUCGCGCUCGUGUUCUUUGAUAGUAAAUUUUUAUUAACUGUUUUUAUAACUGUUUAGUGUGUCUGUUAGUUAAUCUGUCAUUCCGUUCAUUUACGAGUACUCUGCAUCCGUAGAAUAUAGAUUGUUAAUUCAGACUUCGUCAAGCGCCAUAGCUUGUUUUAACGGUUUUGUGCACUUUCGCCGAUUGAACGAUGUCGGGCUACGAUUCCCGGAGUGACGGACCCGGAUUUGUCGGCAUUCGAUUCUGUCAAGAAUGCAACAACAUGUUAUAUCCUAAAGAAGACAAGGAACAUAAAGUACUGUUAUAUGCUUGUCGAAAUUGUGAUCACAGACAGAUGGCAGAUAGCAAUUGUAUUUAUGUGAACAAAAUUAUGCACGAAAUCAAUGAACUCACUCAUAUUGUUUCCGAUGUAACGUCUGAUCCAACUUUACCCAGGUCAGAAGAUCAUCCUUGUCCAAAAUGUAAACACCGUGAAUCUGUAUUUUUCCAAGCUCAAACUAGACGUGCAGAGGAGGAAAUGAGAUUAUAUUAUGUUUGUACCAAUCCUCACUGCAUACAUCGUUGGACUGAAUCUUCUAUUUAAUAAUUAUAAAAUAUAAUAACUUUUUUAUAUUCA